AGUCAGUUUGUCACGCAUUGCGGAUUAUUAUAGGUGCCGCACUGAAUAAAAGCGGAAAAUCAAUUUUUCUCAAUUUAUUUUUCUGUUUCAAACAGACCGGACUUGUUAGGAAAGUUUAUAGUACCAUGUCGGAAGCUUUUACAAAAACUGGUGAUAAGUCGCAAGAUGAGAAAAUCCUGAUGCCGUACACAUAUAUCCUGCAAGUACCAGGCAAGCAGAUCCGAAAGAAGUUAUCCUUAGCCUUCAACUAUUGGCUACGAGUAAGCGAUGACAAACUUCGAGCUAUCGGCGAGAUUGUCCAGAUGCUGCACAACUCCAGUCUACUCGUUGAUGAUAUCCAAGACAAUUCAAUCCUUCGUCGAGGUAUACCAGUGGCGCACUCUAUCUACGGCAUAGCAAGUACUAUUAAUGCUGCAAACUACGCUAUGAUUAUAGCACUCGAGAAGACUUUAGAGUUGGGGCAUCCACAAGCGACGGCGGUAUACACGGAGCAGUUGCUGCAGCUCCACCGCGGCCAGGGUAUGGAAAUCUACUGGCGAGACAAUUUCCACUGUCCCUCCGAAGACGAGUACAAGCAGAUGACCAUUAAGAAGACGGGAGGUCUAUUUAUGUUGGCCAUCCGUCUGAUGCAGCUGUUCAGCGACAACAAGUCAGACUUCAGCCGACUCUCCUCCAUCCUAGGCCUCUACUUCCAGAUCAGAGAUGACUACUGCAACCUCUGUUUGCAAGAGUAUUCAGAGAACAAGAGUUACUGCGAGGAUCUAACCGAGGGUAAGUUCAGUUUCCCCAUCGUGCACGCCAUCCGCGCGCAGCACGCCGACAACCAGGUCCUACAUAUCUUACGACAACGCACCCGUGACGUGGAGGUGAAGCGCUACUGCGUGUCGCUGCUGGAGAGGCUCGGCAGCUUCCAGUACACGCGCGACGCGCUGCAGGCUCUCGACGCGGACGCACGCGCAGAGGUGGCAAGGAUGGGAGGGAACCCUCUCAUGGAGGCUCUGCUCGACGAACUGCUCAGUUGGCGACGGGACAAGAAGUCUGUUGGCUACACUGAGGAAUAGACUUUCAGUUAUUUUUACGUUGGCUACACUGGGUUGUCAGAAUAUCAUAAUCUGACAUGUUACGUUUAUUAUUUUAACACUUAGUUACAUUUUAGUUUUAAAUUAAGUCUUAAAAUGGUAGUUUGCUGUUGUUACUUAAAUUAGUAGUUUAUUGUUAUGUACUUAUAAAUGCUUUUAUUAUGUUUUUAUAGAAUUGUGAAUUGUAAGACUUAUGGGCUUUCUUUUUAUAGUCUAUUCCAAGUUGAAACUUCCAGUUAUAAAAAAACGUCGAUCGAAUGAAGCUACAUAAAAAUAUAUGCAAAAAAAAUUUUGACGUCUGUUAGAUUGUUAACUCUUCACAAAAUGGUGUGUGAGAUUCGUUUCAGGAUUCAGCCGUUUGCCAGUUAAUUGUAAAUUCAGUUAUUUUCGCAUUGACGAAGUUUGGGCGUGGUUUAAAGGUUUUUUUUAACAAACUUUAGUUGGAAUAAACUAUAGGUUAUGUCAACUUUUGCUUGCUAUUUGUGACGUCAUCGAAACGAGACUUUUUUUAUUUUAUAGUCUAUCCAAGUGACGUUAAUGAUUUUAAUUAACUUUUAUUGCUUUUACGCUUUUUGUAUUCGGCCAUUUUACAUCGUAGAUAUUAUAUUUUAAUAAUAUUCAAAUUAUAAAAUCAAGAUCUCUUAUUUUGUAUUAUA